AUGGAAACAGGAAGUGGAAAUGGUAAUUUCAAUUGGCAUUGGUCUAGUCAGCCGGAGACAGAAGAGGAACUUAAGGAAUGGAAAGAAUGUUGCGAGGUGCUUAGUAGGGUGAGUCUUUCCAAUGGUAAGGAUGCUUGGUUUUGGAAUAGCGAUAGUCAGAACGGUUUCUCAGUGAAGGAGGUUAAAUUGGCCAUGAUCACGGAUAGAGGCAAUUGUCACCCUCCAAAUUUUGCUUGGUGCAAGUGGGUGCCCGUUAAAUGCAAUAUUAUGAUCUGGCGAGGCAAUCUGGAUAGGCUACCUACUAGAGUAAACUUAAGAAGAAGGAACGUUGACAUAACUUCGGUGAUGUGCCCUUUUUGCGACGAUGCCGAGGAAUCGGUGGAGCAUUUGUUCACCGCUUGCUCGGUAGCUCUGAAGGUGCGGGCGGCUUUCAGUAUUUGGUGUAACUUUACGCCACUUUACUUUUUUGAGUUUAAAGACAUUUUAGAAAUCCACAAGUUCAGUAAUCGGAGUAAGAAGGAAGAGAAGAUCAUAUAUGGGUUGGCUAUGAUAGCGUGUUGGUGCAUAUGGAAAGAAAGGAACGAAGUGGUUUUUAAACAGAAAACAUGCAACCCGCAAGAGAUCAUAGGAGAGCUAAAAUCAAGAGGUUACACGUGGGUCAAAAAUAGAUAUUCAUGUAAUUAUAUUAGUUGGUCGGAAUGGUGUAAAUAUCCUUUGUACAUGUUGUAA